GUGGACUGACCCCCUACGCUCUGGCCAGUGACCUCGCAGCCAUCCUGGCCAACGCCUCCGGCCUCGCGGCCGUCAACACGAGCCUGACCCAGGGCCUGGCCACCAAGGCCGACCAGUCCGCCCUGGAAGCCCUCCAAGUGGAGGUCGGCACCAAGAGCACGCCCGCCGGCGUCAAUCUCAAGCUCGCCAACCACCCUACCAUUGCCGCUAUGAACAGCAGCAUCACCAGUGCCAACAAUGCAACACUCGCUACGGUGGCGGCCACCUAUGCGCUCAAGUCAGUCGUGGACCAGCUGGCCCUCGACGCCAUCGCCACGGCCCUGCUCCCCAUGGCCAGCGCCAGCGACCUCACUGCCGCGGUGGCUCUCAGGACCACGCCCGCCGACGUGAGUCAGCUCAUCGCAACGGCCCUGCUGCCCUUCGCGCUGCUUGCAGCACUGCAGGCCGCGGGCUACCAAACGGCCGGGGAUCUCACCACGGCGCUGCUCGGCUAUGUCACCCAGGGCGCCUACGACGCCGGGCAGGCCCUCCAGGACUCCCGGCUGGACGGCCACGAUGCGGAGAUCCUGCUGCAGAACGCCGGCCCCUACGCCACCGGCGCGGAGCUGACGGCCCUGCAGCUGUCCCUCCAGUCCGCCAUCGACGGGCUUUUGGCCGAAACCAACCUGGUCAACGCCCCCGCCUGGCAGGGCGAGAUCAGCUGGGAUGUCUUGGUAGGUACCAACCAAAUCCGCAACUUUCACGCCGUCGCCCCAAUGGGCCUGGGCCUGGUCAACGACAACUGGACGCUGCAGCUCACCUGCGACACCUACAGACGCCCUGCUGCUCCCCGCGAGUCCUGGGUGCUCGCCCAGCUCGGCGGCUACAGCACGACCCAACAGACCAGCGACGCCAUCGCUGCUGCCCUGACGAAUCACUUCACGAGGGCGGAGGCCACGGCGAACCUC